CGGAAACUGAGUGGGGGACCUGGGUGGGAAGAGGGUCGGGAAAAGGCUGGCACUGGGCCCUAGUGUCCUCCGGGCCCAAGUUCAAGUCGGGGGCUUCCAUUCAUUUCGGGCCAAGACAAUUACUGCCCUCGCCCCAUCCGAGGGUCACUUUGCGCAGGCAGGCGCAGGGGAAGCAGUGCCCUGAGUAGAUAGAUCACCUGGAGGACCUGGAGCUCCUGGGCCGAGGGAGAAGGACAAUUAAUUUUAUGCUUGGGCGAGAGUCCGGAAACCUUGGAUGAAGUUAUAAGACCAUCUAAGGGGGAGCACAGGAUAAAAUUCUGAAAGCAGGAUUUGGACGUUUGAGAAUUAAGUGCCUCGUAGGUUCUGAGAGGCGCAGAAUCAGGGUCAGGAUGCUUAGCUACAACUGAGGUGCACAGUAUGGGAGUCUGGAGACCCAGGCUAGAUAGGGUCUAGGUGGACAGGAUAACAUUUUGAGUGAGGGUCUGGGGUCCCCAGCCCCAAGAUGCUCCCUUUUGCCUCCUGCCUCCCCGGGUCUUUACUGCUCUGGGCGCUUCUGCUGUUGCUCUUGGGAGCAGCGUCUCCACAGGAUUCCGAAGAGCCGGACAGCUACACGGAAUGUACGGAUGGUUACGAGUGGGACGCAGACAGCCAACACUGCCGGGAUGUCAAUGAGUGCCUGACCAUCCCUGAGGCCUGCAAGGGUGAAAUGAAAUGCAUCAACCACUACGGGGGCUAUUUGUGUCUGCCUCGCUCCGCUGCCGUCAUCAACGAUCUACACGGUGAAGGACCUCCGCCACCAGUGCCCCCUGCUCAGCACCCCAAUCCUUGCCCACCAGGCUAUGAGCCUGAUGAACAGGAGAGCUGUGUGGAUGUGGACGAGUGUGCCCAGGCUUUGCAUGAUUGUCGCCCUAGCCAGGACUGUCAUAACCUGCCUGGCUCCUACCAGUGCACCUGCCCUGACGGUUACCGAAAAAUUGGGCCCGAGUGCGUGGACAUAGAUGAAUGUCGCUACCGCUAUUGCCAGCACCGAUGUGUGAACCUGCCAGGCUCUUUCCGCUGCCAGUGUGAGCCUGGCUUCCAGUUGGGACCUAACAACCGCUCUUGUGUGGACGUGAACGAGUGUGACAUGGGAGCCCCAUGUGAGCAACGCUGCUUCAACUCCUACGGGACCUUCCUGUGUCGUUGUAACCAAGGCUAUGAGCUGCACCGGGAUGGCUUCUCCUGCAGUGAUAUUGAUGAGUGCAGCUACUCCAGCUACCUCUGCCAGUAUCGCUGUGUCAAUGAGCCAGGCCGCUUCUCCUGUCACUGCCCACAAGGCUACCAGCUGUUGGCUACGAGGCUCUGCCAAGACAUUGACGAGUGUGAAUCAGGUGCACACCAGUGUUCUGAGGCCCAAACUUGUGUGAACUUCCAUGGGGGCUACCGCUGCGUGGAUACCAACCGUUGUGUGGAGCCCUAUGUCCAAGUGUCGGACAACCGCUGCCUCUGCCCUGUCUCCAACCCGCUGUGUCGGGAGCAGCCUUCAUCCAUUGUGCACCGCUACAUGAGCAUCACCUCCGAGCGAAGUGUGCCUGCGGAUGUGUUUCAGAUCCAGGCAACCUCUGUCUACCCUGGCGCCUACAAUGCCUUUCAGAUCCGUGCUGGAAACACACAGGGGGACUUCUACAUUCGGCAAAUCAACAAUGUCAGCGCCAUGCUGGUCCUUGCCAGGCCAGUGACAGGACCACGGGAGUAUGUGCUGGACCUGGAGAUGGUCACCAUGAACUCUCUUAUGAGCUACCGGGCCAGCUCUGUACUGAGACUCACCGUCUUUGUGGGAGCCUACACCUUCUGAAGGAGACCCUCAGGGAAGGGUUGGGUGGGGCCCCCUUCUUUCUCCCCCCCACAGCUUAAGGAGCCUGGGGUUUAGGGAUGACUGUUCUGCUUAAAGAGACAAUGAUGUGAAGGACAAUAAAGGGAGAAGGAGUC